AAGCCAAUGGAUGGAGCAAAUCACUCUGCUGUGUCAGAGUUUGUGUUCCUGGGACUCACUGAUUCCUGGGAGAUCCAACUUCUCCUUUUUGUGUUUUCCUCUACAUGUUAUGUGGCAAGCAUGAUGGGAAACUCCCUCAUUAUGCUCACUGUGACCACUGACCCUCACUUACACUCACCCAUGUACUUUCUGUUGGCCAAUCUCUCCUUCAUCGACCUGGGAGUUUCUUCUGUCACUUCUCCCAAGAUGAUUUAUGACCUUUUCAGAAAGCGUAAAGUCAUCUCCUUUAGUGGCUGCAUCACUCAAAUCUUCUUCAUCCACACCAUUGGUGGUGUGGAGAUGGUGCUGCUCAUAGCCAUGGCCUUUGACAGAUAUGUUGCCAUAUGUAAGCCUCUUCACUACCUGACCAUCAUGAGCUCAAGAAUGUGCAUCUACUUUUUAAUGACUGCCUGGAUGACUGGCCUCAUCCACUCCAUGGUUCAAUUGGCUUUUGUGGUAAAAUUACCCUUCUGUGGUCCUAAUUUUCUAGACAGCUUUUACUGUGACCUUCCUCGGUUCAUUAAACUUGCCUGCACAGACACAUACCAAUUAGAGUUCAUGGUCACAGCCAACAGUGGAUUCAUCUCUGUUGGCUCCUUCCUCAUACUGAUAAUUUCCUAUAUCGUCAUCAUUCUCACUGUUCAGAAACACGCUUCAGCUGGUUUAUCCAAGGCUCUGUCCACACUGUCAGCUCACAUUACUGUGGUAGUCCUUUUCUUUGGUCCUUUGAUAUUUUUCUAUAUGUGGCCAUCUCCUUCCACACAUCUGGAUAAAUUUUUGGCCCUCUUUGAUGCAGUUCUCACUCCUUUCCUGAAUCCUGUCAUUUACACGUUCAGGAAUCAAGAAAUGAAGGUAGCAAUGAGGAGAGUAUGCAGACAGCUAGUGAAUUACAGGAAGAUCUCUUAA